GUGGAAAGUGCCUUGAGUUAUCUCAAUUCAGGCUGACCUCACUUUCCACUUGAUUUUGACUUGCCUAUUUGUAGAUUUGGAGGAGGAGAUGCCAAAUAAAGAUGAACCAAACACCAUUGACCUAAUGAAUAGCAUAAACCUGAUGGAGUUUUCUGAUGAGAUCCUUUUGCACAUCCUGAGUUAUAUCCCCAGCACAGACUUGAUUUUGAAUGUUAGGAGAACCUGCAGGAAGUUGGCAACUCUUUGUCUUGACAAAAGUCUCACUCAUACAGUGCUGCUUCAUAGGGAUUAUCAGGCCAGUGAAGAUAAAGUGAAACAACUGGUGAGAGAGAUUGGGAAAGAGAUUCACCAGCUGAACAUGGCAGGCUGCUACUGGCUGUCUGGUACCACAAUUGAGCAUGUGACACGCUGCAGGAACCUAGUGAAAGUGAACUUGUCGGGCUGCCAUCUUACUUCUAUCCGACUCUCUAAGAUGCUAUCAGCCCUCCAGCAUUUGCGCUCUCUGGCCAUCGAUGUCAACCCGGGCUUUGAUGCCAGCCAGUUGAGCAGUGAAUGUAAAGCAACUCUCAGCCGGGUGUUAGAGCUGAAACAGACCCUAUAUACGCCGUCAUAUGGAGUGGUACCUUGUUGUACCAGUCUUGAAAAACUGCUGCUUUAUUUUGAAAUCCUAGACCGUACCCGGGAAGGAGCGAUUCUUUCAGGUCAACUAAUGGUGGGCCAGAGCAAUGUCCCCCAUUACCAGAAUCUUCGAGUGUUUUAUGCUAGAUUGGCCCCCGGCUACAUCAAUCAGGAGGUCGUAAGGCUGUAUUUGGCUGUGCUCAGUGAUCGAACCCCUGAAAACCUUCAUGCCUUUCUUAUUUCGGUUCCAGGCAGCUUUGCAGAGAGUGGAGCCACUAAAAACCUCCUGGACUCCAUGGCUCGCAACGUCUCCUUGGAUGCAUUGCAGCUUCCCAAAUCUUGGCUUAAUGGCUCCUCACUCCUUCAGAAUAUGAAGUUCAACAACCCGUUUUACUUCAGUUUCAGCCGCUGUACUUUGUCUGGAGGACACCUGAUUCAGAGAGUAAUUAAUGGGGGAAAAGACCUCAAAAGCUUAGCCAGCUUGAAUCUCAGUGGUUGUAUUCAUUGUCUGUCUCCAGACUCAUUGUUUCGCAAAGCAGAGGAUGAUAUUGAUAGCAGCAUCCUGGAAACGUUGGUUAUGUCCUGCUGCAAUCUGAAACACUUAAAUCUAUCUGCUGCACACCAUCACAGCUCUGAAGAUUUGGGGAAGCAUUUGUGUCAGCUCUUAGCUCAGCUUCAGCACCUACGUUCUUUAUCCCUUCCUGUCUGCUCCAUUGCAGACUCUUCUCCAAAGGCCGAUAAGGCUCCCACACAGAUGGUGACUAACGCAGUGCCCCGAGGAUUUGGAAAGAAAGUCCGAAUUGGAGUGCAGACAUACCCCAGGACCGUGUCUUCUGAGUCAGUGACUCAGAAGUCAUCCUCUGUUUUCUGGACUCUUCUGGAGAAUGUGCCAUUUUUGGAAACCCUGGAGUUAAUUGGGUCCAAUUUUUCUUCUGCCAUGCCCCGGAACGAGCCUGCCAUUCGAAACUCACUACCCCCCUGCAGCCGUGCACAGAGCGUUGGGGAUGCUGAGGUGGCUGCCAUUGGCCAGCUGGCAUUUUUACGCAAUUUGACACUGGCCCAGCUGCCCAGCAUUCUCACAGGCUCUGGGCUCAUUAGCAUUGGGUUGCAGUGCCAACAGCUGCAGACGCUAUCAUUGGCCAAUCUGGGCAUGAUGGGGAAAGUGGUCUACAUGUCUGCCCUCUCUGACAUGCUAAAGCACUGCAAACAGCUGAAAGAUCUCAGACUAGAGCAGCCCUACUUCAGUGCGAAUGCUCAAUUCUUCCAGGCUCUGAGUCAUUGCUCUUCCCUUCAGCGCCUCUGUAUCAUCUCCCGAAGUGGUACUCUGCAGGCAGAUGCUGUGAUGUCAUUCAUGGGCAGCUGCCUUGGGCUCGUCAUGUGCCACAUGUUUACAGGAGAGUCCCUCACCGCCUGCAAGAAUCUUCAGCAGUCCAUUGUUCGAAGUUUCCAGGCAGAGCGCCCAGCACUCAAUGUCGUCAUUUUCCCGCUGCUCCACGAGGGCUUGACUGAUGUCAUCAGAGAUGUCCCCAUGAUGCACCUGGAUGAAAUUACCUUGUUCAAAAGCAGAGUGGCUGAAGAGCCCCCCAACCUGUGGUGGUGACAGUUCCACCUGGAAGUGGAGUCUGGUCUGCAGUGACAGGUGGAAUGAUUUUCCUUCAGCCUGAACUUGACCCUCCUCACCCCUCACCGACUUCUUCAGCUUAUAGCUGCCUUGUUGGAUGCUCUAGAACCACUUCAGUCCAAUUCCACCCCAAGCCAGAUGAGACUGGACAUUUCCAUGGGCACGCGAAUGUUGUCAUUGGGUUGUUCUGCUGCUGCUUGCGCUCUCCAGGACUCUGCUGAGAAGCCCCAUCCGAGUGGUUUGGCUGUUUCCUUGUGGUCAAUAGCAGUUCUUUGGUUUGUAAUGUAAAAGAGAACAAAGUGUUCCCUCUUCAUCCCGCUACAUUCCACUCAAUACGUUUCACUAGGGCUUGUGUGUGUGCUUAGCAGUACAUUUUGUAACCUUUUCUCUUUUAGACACUUUCUUUGUGACUACUUGUUGCUUUGGUGAGAUUUAUAUUGAGAGCUAAAUGUUAACAGGAUUACAUGAGGAGAGUGAGGUGGGCAGCCUUAAAAGGGGAGGACUAAUUUAGUUAAAAUAGAUGUGGUGCUUGGUACCCAGGCAUGAGGUACCAUGUGUGUACUUGCACAUGAAAAAAUAUAUCGGGAUAACAUCUCUAUGAGUGAUGUAAUCUAUUGACUCGUUUCAAAGACCAGUGUACUGUAACCUUUCUUUCAGCAAACUUUUAUAUGAACACUGCCAUAGUCUCCACAUUCAGCCAUUUGCACCGUUAGCCCUUGCCCCUCCCUACUUUUGACCCUAGGGAUACUUAAGCCUUCCGAAGAGUACAUGUAUUGAGUAGCUUUAUUCCUUUGCUUGGUGGCAUGGGGCUAAGAAAGACUGUUUCAGAGAGCCCAAGAGCAAAUUCAGCCUCCUCGCAGGAUGUGCUCCCUUGUAUCCCACUUAUCUUCACCUCUGACUCCAUUUAAAUCUUGGAUGAAGCUUUAGGACCCGUUUUUGCCAAGAGUAUGUGAGCCUCUGGGCCUAUCUGAGACAAUGAUGGGAGGACUUCUCUAUCCUUGCAGCAGCUUGGGGACUGUGUACCACCUAGGGAGGGGGAGUUUUAAGUCUUUAGGCUGCCCUGAGACAAGGUAGGAAGGGGGUGGGCAUACUCUAUUCCCAUAGCAGCUUGCGGAAAAAGUAGCAUGGAGUCCCUAGAGCAGUCUGGGGAGAGUCCCUGAAAGAGUUAGGUAUUUCAAGAGGAGAUUCAGCAGAUGAAGGAAAGCAGCCUGGAGGAAAAGUAAGGAUUUAGUCCAUGACAUAGAAGUUGCUACUUUGUCUUUGGCAGGGCACCGUGAAAUUAGGGGUGUUCUGGUCUCCUUGGGGUGACCUUUCCUUUAGUGCUGCUUCCACUGGAGGGCACUCAAUACUAGAAGUCUCAUCGUAUGCACAGAAGGCCUGAACCUGGGCUGGAAUUUCAGAAAACCAGCGUUGAUUUCAAAUUGGUUUCAGGAAAGGAACAUGAUAGUUCUUCACUCAAGAUUUGGUUGUGGUAGUCCUCCAAGACCAAGAAGAAACAUCUUCUUUGCCAUUAGAUGUUUGGGGUUGCUGCAUAGAUGUGUGGGGUUUGACACUUUUACAGCAAUGCAGGGAAAGUUAUAGCAAAAUGCAUGGAACUGCUACCAGGAUUUCAGGCCCAAGGAAAUACUGGAAGGUGGGGAGAGGUUUGGGGUGAUGGUAGUGGCUCUGAUGGCAGCAGCUUGACUUCGCAGUGUCUAGUCUCUGGCUGGCUGUCUCUGGGUUCUCUUACCCUUGUAGGUUCUAACACCAGGCAGGGUGUUUUCACCCAUUUUUGCUCCUACCUCCUUGUCAGGGGCCAUAAAGUGAUACUUUCUAGGCGUUUCCUCCAAGGAAAAUUCACCAACUUGUGUCUUCAGGGACUUAAGUGAAUCAUUCCCCUAGAGGAUUUCUUUUGCCUGUUUUUCCUGGUGUCCCAGCCUUUCCUCCUUGUUCAGCCAGGUUUUGUAGCAACACUAAGUCAACAACAUGAUAUAUCACCCAUUUUAACUUCAAUACUAGCUCAUAAUUAAAAUGAGCUUGUUUCUCUUUCCCAUAAUGCCUGGAAUUCACCUUGUAAUAGUUGGCUGACAGUCACUAGUGGAUGCCUGAUACCUCACAACCUCUACCUUCAACUUUUGAUUGAAGUUUUGCUUCUCUUGUAAUCAUUCCUUUGCCUGUGCCCUUCAUCAUCAUGUUUAAAGCCUUAUUUUCUUGCUCAUGAUGCUUUAUUACUUAUUCAGCUUCUGAUCCCAUUUUUCCAUUUCCUCUCUUAGCUGUACCUCCCCUUCAUUUAUCUGCCAGUGUCUCUGGUGACCCACCCUCAAAAAACCUGCCUGACAAAUCAACCUUCUUCUCUUAUUACUCAUAUUGUAGAGACUAUAGUGUUGAUCAAAUAAGCUUUCUAAUUCUUCUAUGCUCCCGCUUGGGUACACAUCGCCUUCCUCCCAAGGAUUGGGAUCUAAUCCAUAUAUUAACUAUUUGAGGGCAAGUUGUGAUUCUUCAUUUUCACCAUCUGAAACUUUGAUCCCUACCAUGUGAGCUUUAUUGGCCCAAUUAAGUAUUUACAAAGCAUUUUUUAUAAAAAGGCUUUUAACAGAUCUCUCAGGCUCUUCUUGAAGUCAGACUCUAGAAAGUGGGUAGUAAGUUGAGUCUUAUUAUUAGCCUCCCACCAUUGCUGUAACUUUGGGGACACAGAGUAACUUGGAUCUUCAAAAAGAGAAAAGUAUUUGGGUAACUUUAUUCCCUAUCUUUGGGAGUCCAAGAACCAACUCAGUCUCUGCACAGGUAAAGCUCCUUUACAUCCCACUUCUAGAAUGUUCCAGAAUGCCUGGACUAUUUCAGUUCCAGCCAACUAAUGAUGCAUAAUAUAACAAAAUACCCUGAGACUUGUCUGUACUGGUAGUCACCAUUUUAUUUGUUACUGUUUUUCUUAAGUUCUAUGAAGCCAUAAAGGUACCUUUGAUUUUGAUCUGAAAUAGCAUCCAGAAUUAAACAGCUCUAGCAGCAGUAUAUGUCCUGAUAGGCAUAAACACUAACAGAUUGGUGCCUUCAUGAAAUUUACCUUAUUCCCUGUUUUGCUCCAGGAGGUUGUCUGAAGUCUUCUUGUUGAUCUGUAAGCAAACAUUUCAGCGCUUAUUCCAGAGCAUUGGGGAUUAGUUGAAAAGCAUCAUCUAAAAAUGAAACUCUCUUUACAGCCAUUCUACAAAGAUGCCAGAAAAUAGCUAUGUAUUGAGGAGUUAGGUAUGAACAGAGAUGGGCGUGGGUUGGACACAGGUGAGCAGCACAUUUAAGCUCCUUUACUUCACCUGAGAGAUUCUGCUGUGUGCAUACAAGUUGGUCUGCCUUAGACAAGACGAAUCAGUGAAAGGUGUUGGUUUGGAGGAUUGAACCUAUCUUGCAUGAUGGAAGAUGGUGAGCUGCACAGCAAAUAUGUCCCGGAUAGAAAGAAUGACCUUUCUCUGUGCAUCAGGUCAAGCUGUAAACAUAGAGCUGAUUGCACUUCAGACCUGAAUGCAUUGUAGCACGACAUAUAGUCAAGAUUAAUUACCAGUGCAUCAUUUUUAGGGGAGGUUGAUGAGAUUCUGUCAAGCAGGUGUAAUUGCACAUUAGAGUUCCUCGUCAUGGAGUGAAUCUUUAUCCUGGGCAUGAUGUCUCGUUUCAAAAGAUGCUGUAUAGCCUUAAUAACUGCAAUAGAUCACUUGAGGUCUUCAUCUUGAUCUGUAGGCAAACUUUGCUAAUUUCAAUGCCUAUUCCAAAGCAUCAAUGGCUACUUUACAUGAAUCAUCUGGAAAAUAAAAGUGCCCUCACAGUCACUGUCUAGAGUUGCUCAAGGUUGGCCACAUAUUUGAAAUGCUGUCAUAAAGCUAGGUAUGAAAAAAGAUAAACACAGGUCAGAAUCCAGUGAACAGUAUGGGUCUGCAAAGUUCAAUCUUCUACCUACAAUGGGAACCUGGGAGUAGCUUCAAAUGUGUAGAGAGACUGUUCAUUCCAGCAGUCCUCACUUGGUGUGUCCCUGACCCUAAUAGGUAUACCAUAGCCAAGGUCACUUGGAACAAAUAUGAUGCUCACACCACAUAGAGACGAAUGUACAUUUGAAUGGCUCCAUGUAAGCCAUCACCACAACACUUUUAUAGUUUUAUAGUUUGAACCCUCCCAAGGGGUGUUUGAAGAUCCUUCAUGCAAUGAAGGCAAUUUCACAUGUUAUCUGAUAUGGGACCUGAGCCAGAUAUCUCUGAAAUGGCUGUUUUUGCUAAAGAUUUGCUCAAGAAGAUGGGAUUCUUCACCACACAGAAUGAGCUUACUAGACCAAAUAAGGAAGUGCUCUCCUAUAGAAUAUUCUGCACAUACACUGGUCUUAAAAAAUUCAUAGUACUCUUAUCUGCUGCCACACCCAAUAUGAGAUCCAUUGCUAUAUUGAGAGACAUCUCUGCUGAUUGUAAUUAAAAAGGCUCUGACAUGCCUUGUUGUACAACAAUUCACUGCUAUGUCACACCAAAGGAUGUGCAGUAACCAGGACUGAGAUUCCCAUUCAUAAUGAAGGAGUGGAGUGAUAUCUAAUCCUUGAUAUCUGUCCUGCAUUUAGUGGACAGUAGGACUAAACUCGGAGUAGUAAAAGAGGAAGUGUCUGAUGUAAUCAGUCAUUCUUGGCUUGGACAAGACCCCUCUUCAAUAGGACACCCCAUAAAGUACUGAAAAUGACAACCCAAUGAAACCUCUUUAGAUCUUUCUAAUUUCAAGGGGUUAUCCAGGAGACUGCUUGUUCUCUUUCUUGUUCAUUUUAAAAUAUGUAUUUCAAGUGAGGUUUUUAGAAGCUGGGGGCUCCCAUGCUGAUCUAAGGUUUUUUGAACUUUCAGUAGCAGAUGCAGCAAGCUAAGGUGUCCCCACAUGAGGUUUAAUUGUGGGUUGAAGGAUGGAUGUGAUUAAAAUAGAUGUUAAAAAUUGGAAUUAGGCUGAAGUUAUGAUCUAGUUCUUGUUCCAUCAUAUUAUCAGUAAAUGGUAACAGUGAACAAUUAACAAAUACUUUGCUGGACGUGGAUAGUGUAGUCUACUAGAUAACCACAGUGUGAAUAGGAAUCUUAGGCCACGUAGUCGUCGUUUUUAGGAAACCUGAGAAUUCAAAAUGUCUUCAUUCUUGAUGCCAUUUGUUGUUUGUGCCCUACCCCAUGUUAUAGGCAGCUUUGCCCUUAUUCAUCCUUUCUCAGUUGGGGAAAAAUUGAGGAGUGAGAUAAGAAUUUAGUUGGGUAAAUCAAAGUGUAAUCCACUCUUUCAAUAUAAGUAAGUCCUUGUCCGUAGACCAUAACUUGUCUUUUCUAGGCCAUUUCUCUCUCCUCUUUUAGUCCUUAACCUUGUUCUUGAUCAUAAGUAGAGCUCCUAGGUUUCUUGGAUUUGUCCCAUUGGAACAAAGAGCACUGUGUUUUUAUGUCCAUUAGUGGAGAUUUUAAGGUAGUCUUUGUGCCACAAAGGAAGGGGCUAGGGAUGGCCAUUAAAAUUUUUUCCCAUGUCCACUCUGAGUGGGUUUGUUUACAAAAUGUAAGAUACUCUGAUGUACUAAUGGAUAAUGGACUCUUACACAUAAACUGAGCCGUGAUUCUUUCUUUGUAGAGUUUGAAUUUGUCAAUCAUGUCUGUGAGUCUUAUUAUCCAACCUGCUGUAAAAAUUAGAGCUAAUUCCUGGGAGAUAAAGAAUUGACAAAUUCAGAGGCUACGUUUGAUAUGUAGAAUAGAGCACAUGGAACACAGGGAUGCAAAGAGUGUAUAACAGUAAACUCAUGUUGGGCUAUCAGCCAGGUCACAUAGGACGUAGCUACUGGAAGAAUCACACAGGUCUGGAAGAUGAGGUAGAGAAUCCAUCAACUCUGCCCAGAUGAAGGAUAGUAGCAACCACUCUCUUUAUACCUGCUAGUGGGCUCAGCAGUGAAAUUCAGCUAGGUGGGGUUGGUGACUAAAUUUAGAGCUCAGGGGUUUGCUCUUAGGGGCUUUGCUGGCCCUUUGGAGUGCUAGCUGGUAUAUGAUGGAUCUAUUAACUCUCCAAAAGAAGACAGAUGGAUUAGUAAUGGUGCUAGAUAAUCUCCCAAGGUGAGUCCCAUUUAGGCCAGUACAGAUGAUCAGGUCAAGGUCAGCCAUGACUUCCUUUGGUAUUUCAAUAAAUAAUUCAACAUAGUAAUGGAAGGAGCCUGCAGAACUCAAAAGUCAUAGGCAACAUAGUCAGCUGCUUAUCUAACUUAGCCAGUUAGGAAAUACUUCAUCUGUUACAUUUGACCCCCUUAAUAUUUGCUUUAGGUAGAGCAUUAAAAUAGGGAUGCUAUUGAAACACAACACUUUGGCCUACUUGUACAGGCAGCUGAAAUACUAGGAUCCUCUCUGGUGUUGGUUGAUUGUAAUUUGUGGCGUACUUUGACAUGGUAUGAGAAGAUAACCUGUUAACCACAGCUGCCUCCUCAAUCCAGACGUGAUUCACAGCUGCCUCCUUCUUCAGAACUCAUCAUUUUGACUGGAGCUAGGUGAGAAUAGUGAAUUAUACUCUUUAUCUCAGAUUACCAGAAGGUAAUGAGUUGCCCAUAGAAAACUACAAUGUUGCCAAGGAGAGGCAGUGUUUUUAGUGGGUAGAUGAUACAGAUUUGGUGUCUGCCCUAUCAAAAUGCUUUCCUUUCAUCUGCCCAAUCAGAAGAUGAGGUGGAAAGGAAUUGCCUAACAACGGAAAGACUAAAACCCAAAGAGAAAAGAUGCUGUUGCCUUUCACCAUCAGGCACUCAUACCUCAUUCUGUACUUGCACCAUUUGGACCAAAUUAUAAGACUAAUUUAAAAACAAUAACAACAAAAAACUCCAAACAUGUUUUCUAACCAUGAUGUCCUAUGGGGAAAAACAGGUAAUGCAUUUUCUCUAGUUCCUUUGAUUGUCCAAAUCUCUUUUCUUGUCAAAACUCUCAGUAUUAAAGUUUUCUAUAUAUGCUACUCCAGAUGGACAUUUCAGCUGUAAAGAGUCAUUAUACACACGACCAGAUCCUCAGUUCCUUCUCCAACGGCUUUGACCUUGCUAAUGUUCUCUGGGAAAUGAUGUAAAUGAGAGGUGCUCCCUGCAUGUUGCUUCCAAAGUCAUGGGCCCAGGCUUCCAUGUCCAGUAUGAAGGGAAAUCCAUAUCCCUUAAUUCUCACACAUCCCAGUUUUCUAAAAUCCAAAAUGAACUUGCAAACCCAAAAUAGCUAUGAUAACAUGAAAGAAAAUUGUAGAAUCGAAACAAUUAUCAAAGCCUACAAUCUGACAUCAGAUUUCAUAAAAAUAUAACAUUUCCCAAGAAGUACCAAUGUUCUUAAAACCCAUGGCAUAUCCAAAUCCACUCAGAUCACAGAUGUUACACAUUGAGUCAUUUUUCAGUUAUAGUUAUGCAAAUCUUCAAUUGCUGCUUGUUUUAUUACUACUCUUCUAACUUGCUAGUUAUAGCUAAUGUUGAUAACAAACUUGACUUCUUAAAUUGAGCUUUUUAACUUAUGGGGCUCCAAAUUUUAGACAUUUGUGCAAUUGAAACAAGUAUUUUAAUUAUGUAUCAAAUAUUUUAAUUACCACAUGGCAGUUAAAUAAGGUGAAGGGUCACUCCCAAUUAUUCAGAGUAACUCUAUAUAGGGCUGUGGAAAUAGACCAGACUGUUCUAAACCUUGUGUUGAUUUGACCCACAGGAUAAUGGCUACCUUUCCCAUGAAGCGGCCUUGUCUUCUCACUCGAACAGUAUGAAUUUACACUAAAUGAACUUACACUGGAUAACUUUUAGAAAUUCUAGAGAGUAUUUUGAAAAAUAUAGUGUGUGUGUAUAUAUAUUUAAUUUCAAUAGAAUAACAAAGUAUUGAAACCUAAAAAGCAUUUUAAUCUCUUACUAGUGGCCUGGUUAACCUUCUCACGUUGCCUUAUUUAUUUUGUGCUUUUGAAAUAAACACAGCCGUUCCAAAAGUUAACAGCCACCUUUUACUAAAAUAUGAAGGACUAAAUUCAUCAGGUUGUAUAGUAGUGAGGUCUCCCUUCCUUAACUGUCAUAGUGUCUUGUGGACAUAAUUUCCUUGUUGUCCAUACCACUCAUUGGUGAAUAGAAAUGCUUUUCAUUUGAGGCUUUUAGCCAUGUGACCUAGGUCUGUGGCACAUCUGCUUGGUGCAGUAUUCCCAAAGGGCUUCCUGAGGGAACUCAGACCUUCCACGUGUGCCAUCUCAACCUCAUCUAGUCGGUGUUCUCAUCGCAGCAAUGUCAUAGCUAAAAGUGCUUUCUACAGGUUUACUUCUCAGAAUGGUAUCCAGUGGGGAAGGGCCUGGCAGGAAGGAGUGACCUACCUAACCUUCCUACAUCUCCUGCAAGCUUUCGGCUUCUUUUGUUUUCUUAUUUUUUUAAUCGAGGCUGUCAGACCUGUUUGUCCUGUCUUUGCCAUUCACUAUAUAAUUAUACCGUGGCCCAACCUUAUCUGUGCCACGUGUACACAUCACAAAUCUGAGUACAUUUAAACAACCUCUGCAAUAGCCCCUUCUUUGAUUUUUCAAAGUGAUUUGCCUCUUAAAUAACAUGAGCACCAUUCUGUGCUGUUUUUGUCUUGCACUUCACCUUGCUGCUAAAGAACCAGGAUAACUGAUCAUUUGAUACAUUUAUCAUUUCUACCCUCCUUUCUUAAAUAGGCAAAUAUAUUUCACUAGUUUACUCCUUCGCCCAGGAGGAGUGGCGCUGGAGAAGCCUUUCUAUACACAUCCUCCUCCUGACUGUGUGCACUUUGUUUGGAGAAGAGGAAGACAGUUAAAAAAUGUCACUUUAAGGCAAUUUGUGAUUAUAUCCUCAUAGUGUGAACUAGGCACCCCAUGUUGUAAUAGGACUGUUUAUGUCCAGCAUGGACAAAACUCUGUUUCCCAUUUUGUUUUGUGGAAAGAGAAGUAUGUCAUAAUUAGGAGUUUUCUGCCGUCAUUUUUGCUCUUUAGCUCUUCCCAAAGCCCAGUUUUGUCAGUCAUCUCCUUUCCGUCCCUGAAAAAAAUAAACUGUAUUUGUUUGCAAAGUUGCUAUAUUAGAGUUGCCUUUUCCCUACAGAUGAUCCCUCUCUAGUCCUGCCAUAUCCUUUCAAGAACCAUAGGCAGUGGAAUAAGGUUGUUCAGAGCCCUGGGGAGCAAGGUCUAGACUGUGAAAGGAAUGGUGAUCUGAAUUCCUGGCCUUGAUUUUUUUCCCCCAAAUCUAGCAACAGUCUGAUUGAAAGGGAGGAGAACAUGGGGGAGGGAGUGUACUGUAGGAAUGCUGCACUGCUGACCCCUUCCUAUCCAAAGUGAAGCUUUUUCCUUUGCCAUCAUAGAGUUAGUUCUGGCCCAGUGGACAUGAAUCAUGAAGAAAAUUGCUGCUCCUGUUUUCUCCCUCCUGGAAGAUCUAGCUGCCAAAGAAUAGGCAGGUGCAACCUGUUAAACAUGCAAGCUUGUUGCCCCCAAGAAUCGUUCUUUCACAGGUUAGUCCCACUCACACACAGUCCUUUGAGUGUUGCAAGACCCUUAAGGUGAUUUUUUUCUGUAGUUUUCUUUCAAUCAGAAGGUUGCUGCUCAUACUGAAACCAGAGGAUUAUGCCUUCCCUAGGAAUUUAUUAGAAGGAUAUGAUUGUAUCUUUAUGACUGGGGCCUAGCAAUUCUAUUCUCAUAAGCAAGCAAUUUUAAACAGUAACAUAAUUUAUACUAAUAAACAGGACUGGGAAAAGGGCAGCCCCCAGGCAGAAAGGGGGUAUCAGUAGUGGAUGGAAAUGAAAAUUGCUGUGAAAAGAGACACCAAAACUGUAGACCUGAUAUUUUUAGUGUCCCUGCAACAAUCCUUUUACUUAGAGUGAGAAUUUCCGCUGCUUCUGCACUCGAGACAGGAUUCACCAGAUGUUAAUAAUGUGCUUAUUUUCUCUAAGUGCUAUUUUGGCACCGGUGUUAAUUACAAUUUAUAUUCUGCAGCAUUUACACUGGGAAAAGAACCCACCCUAAUAGUCCCCAAUUGGCAGAGCUGGGCUAUUAAGCAUAGUACCAUAUGUUCUGAGCUGAGAAAAGCAUGGGACUUAGAGCCUGGUCAGCAUUAAAGCUCCAAAAUGAG